GCCGGUUCAGGGAUUGACUUCUCUCUUUACACAACACUGCAAUUCUUCUUCUUCUUCUUCUUCUUCUCUCUCUCUCUCUCCCUCUCUCUCUCUCUCUCUCUCUCUCUAAAUAGUUUGGUGCUUCUAUUGUUUGCUGAGGCAAGGGUAUUUUCAUUUAUCGAAUUCGAAGCUUCAAAGUAGGAACUACGUAUAGAUCUUUACAUCGGGUGUACAUGUAUGUAUGUAUAGAGUGAGAGGAAAUGCCUUUUUGCAAGAUAAUUUGUUGCGGCAGGGGUUCGAAUAGGAAAGAACAUGGGCAGAAGCAAGUGACAUGGAGGAUCUUUUCUUUAAAGGAAUUGCAUUCUGCCACAAAUAAUUUCAAUUACGACAACAAGCUCGGAGAAGGUGGAUUUGGUAGUGUCUAUUGGGGUCAGCUAUGGGAUGGAUCACAAAUUGCAGUGAAAAGGUUGAAGGUCAGGAGCAACAAAGCAGACAUGGAAUUCGCAGUUGAGGUUGAGAUACUGGCACUAGUACGGCAUAAGAAUCUGCUAAGUUUACGUGGCUAUUGUGCAGAAGGGCAAGAGCGUAUAAUUGUUUACGAAUACAUGCCUAACCUGAGCUUGCAUUCUCAUCUCCAUGGGCAACACUCGGCUGAAUGCCUUCUUGAUUGGAAUCGGCGAAUGAAUAUAGCUAUUGGAUCAGCCGAGGGAAUUGCCUACCUUCACCACCAUGCGACCCCACAUGUAAUCCACCGAGACAUAAAGGGAAGCAAUGUGUUGCUAGAUUCAGAUUUCAACGCCCAGGUUGCUGACUUUGGAUUCGCGAAGCUAAUACCCGAUGGUGCAACGCAUGUGACCACCAGAGUUAUGGGCACCCUUGGCUACCUCGCCCCAGAAUAUGCAAUGCUAGGAAAGGCAUCAGAGAGUUGUGAUGUCUACAGCUUUGGAAUUCUUCUUCUUGAGCUUGCCAGUGGGAAGAAACCCCUUGAAAAGCUCAGUGCCUCAACAAAGGAGCUUGUUGGCGGGAAGAUGCGAACGCUCGGUGCAACAAUGAAGCGCACAAUCACCGAUUGGGCUCUGCCGUUAGUGUGUGAGAAGAAGUUUGGAGAAAUUGUAGACCCACGACUGAAUGGUAACUUUGUGGAGGAAGAGUUGAAAAGGGUAGUCUUCAUUGCACUGAUGUGUGCCCAAAGUCGACCAGAGAGGAGGCCCUCCAUGCUUGAGGUGGUGGAGCUUCUGAAGGGAGUCUCAAAAGAUAAGCUUUCUUUUCUGGAAAAUGAUGAAUUAUUUAGAAGUCCAAUGCCAGCAGAUUGUAACGAUUGUUCGGGUGUGGACGAUGGGUCUGACUUUAUUUCCGAGGAGAAAGAACCGAAACAAGAAGUGAAAGAGGUGGAAGGUGAUACCGGAAAGUGACAAGGAAGGUUAAGGUACGGGAUGUGAUUUUAGUGCACAUAGUGUUUAUUGGAAUAGUUGAGGCUUUUCAUGUUUGGGCAGGUUUAAAAGAAUGGCGAAAGUUGUGUCCGCUGCCUCUACUGAAUUGGUAUCAUGGUUUGUUUGUUGCUGUAUUCGUGUGUGAAUGUCCGUUAUUAUCUUUUACUCCUUCUGUUGUUUGAGAAAGCGUGAACCGAGACCAAAGCUGUAUUAGUGGUUAUCUAGGUCUCCGUGUUUUGAUUCAGAUUUAACAUGUAUUUUUAGGCGAUUUGGCAACAUGAACAAGAUGGUCAUGUAUUGAGAUGAACUAUUCAAUACAACAUGUAUAAUGUGGUGUUUGCUUGUUCAUUA